AAACGGAAUAAAAGAACCACACACAAAAAAAGUUUGCGGAAAAGGAAAAGUGCAUAUGACUGACUAAAAAUAAUACGAGAAGGCGGCAUAAUAGAUAGCAAUGUGCACAAACGAACAGUGUAAAACGAAAAACAUGCGCUACUGCGUAUGACGGCUAUAAUAAGUUUUCAUCUAUCUAAAUAGUCUGUUUUCCGUUUCUGUAUCUUAGUGUGCGUGCGCUGCUACGGACUUGCCUUAGUGUAAUUUAUUAACUUGACGAAUUCCCACCCAUCCCCUGCGUUUUGUGUGGCAAGCCAAACGGAAUCUAAGCCUUAAAUGAUAAUGGUUCGCAGACGCGCACGGCCCGUCAAAGAGCCAGCCCUAGCGGUGGGGACAUCAAAUUCCGAUUCAGCACUGGCCAUGCCAUUCAAUGGCGAGCCAAUCAGCGCUGUGGCUGCGGCGGCAACCAAUAAUCUACUGGAUGAUCAAUAUUUUGCGAGUCCCAAGCGAAAAGACUGUCGCCUCAUGAAGGCACACGAAAAUAUAAGGAAAGACAACGGCAAGGCCAAUGGCGGUAACUCAACCAAGUCGGAAACUGGCCGAAUAAUUGGUGUUCAAUUGGCAACACGCUCUCAGACACGGACGAUUGAGAACUUUUUUAAAGCAAGUGCAGCUGCAAAAAGUAAGAAAAAAAAUGGAGCUUUAUCAGAAACAACUGUUGGCAAGGAAACAAUAGCAGAGAAAAAGACAAUAACUUUAUUAGAUGAACUGGAAGUGGAUGAAGAGGAGGAGCUGCUCCUGUAUGAUGAGCACUCGGUAGCUUCGCCCUCGACCAGCACCAGCUCUCCAGCAUAUCAAAACGAUGAUCUUGAAGUUGACAACAGCUAUGACCCGGGCUGUAAUUACACGCCCACAGACAUUGACACACACAUUCAAAUAGACGCACACACACAGACAGAGACAGGCAUACCAACAGAUACACACACACAGACAGAGCAACGCUCCGAGUCACCUACGAACACGACUGCCUUUCAGACGCAUCGCUCGGCGCUGCGUGACAGUCACAGCUCGUCACAUAGCAGCAGCAGCAGCGCUGCCACUUCCGAGAAUAUAUUUCUGCAGGAGCCGGUGCUGACGCUGGACAUUGAUCGCACGCCCACCAAGGCCUCCAGCAUUCGCAUUAACAAAAGCUUUGAACUGGCCAAUGCCGUGUUCUCAUCGCCGCCUUCUGUGCUGAGUGCUUGCGUGCUCAACGGUCGCUUCAAUCAAAUUGUUACGCUGAAUGGGCACGCGCACGGGGAGGAGCUGGAGCACGAACAAGAACAGCAUCAGAUGCAACAGCCGCUGGGCGGCUACGAGUUGGACCAACAUGACAGCAGUUCCUGCGACAGUGGAGUCGCCUGCAGCCUGACGACGGGCACAUCGCCUGCGGUGUCGGCCAACAGACGACGCAAACCCGCUACGCCACACCGCAUAUUGUGCCCCUCGCCCAUCAAGACAAUGCCUCGCGAUACGGCGUUAGUCAAGGGCGAGGCUCUGUCGCCUCGAAAGUCGCCGCGCAAAUUGAAAAUGCAGCUGGCCGCAAGCGGUGCGUCAAAGUCGCGACGAAGACUGAAUCAGCCAAAGCCACAAGCGCCUUACCAACAGCAGCAGCAACAGCAGCACAACCACAUCGCUAAUGAGGAUGUAGUUUUGGUGGACGAUGAGGACGAAGAGGAUGAUGUGCACGCUCUGCUCAAGGCCGCGGAGGAGCGUGAAAAUCUGAACAAAACCAAGGCAAUGCUCAAACCGGCUGCCGUCACAGCGGCAGCAGCAGCCAAACCAAAGGCAUCAUCUACCAAACCAGCUAAGGCCAAAACAAUGGCAGCCAAAUCCGUGCCCCUGGCUGCCACCAACGGCAACCGUGAGAUGACUGAGUUCUUUCCGGUGCGACGUAGCGUGCGCAAAACCAAAACAGCCGUCAAAGAGGAAAUGAUGCGUAAUCUGGAGCAGGCUGUGCUCGAGGAGCGCUGCGAUGGUCUGCAGGUACGCCAUUUUAUGGGCAAGGGGCGCGGCGUUGUCGCAAUACGUCGCUUCAAGCGUAACGAGUUUGUCGUCGAAUAUGUGGGUGAUCUCAUUUCGAUCAGCGAGGCCACCGAGCGCGAGCGUCGCUAUGCGCUCGACGAGAAUGCCGGCUGCUACAUGUACUACUUUAAGCAUAAGAACCAACAGUACUGCAUCGAUGCCACCAUUGACACCGGCAAGCUGGGCCGCCUCAUCAAUCACUCGCGCAACGGUAAUCUUGUGACCAAGGUGGUCGUUAUCAAGCAACGGCCCCAUCUGGUGCUGCUGGCCAAGGACGACAUUGAGAUCGGCGAGGAACUGACUUAUGACUACGGCGAUCGUUCCAAGGAAUCGCUACUGCAUCAUCCAUGGCUGGCAUUCUGAGCCAUGAUACGGCAACUGUCAUUACCUAAUUAUAUAUAUAGCCUAGUAAUUCAUUAAAGAACAAUGAUAAAAUAUUGAAAAAACAAAAAGAAAACUGUUAGUGCAAAAUAUCGUAAAGGAUAGAGAGCAUCAUCAACAUAUUUUUGGAUCUGUUAGCGUUUUCCCUUUAUGUUAAGGCAUCGAUUAUGAAACUGUUGAACAUUUAGAUGAAGUUGAAGCGAUUGAAGCUGAUGAUUAUAACACAAACAUUGCAUUCACAUUUAUAAUGAAAACGUACACACUAUUUAUAUAGGACUAGAAUACAUAUACAUAAAUAUAUAUAUAGAAAUAUAAUAUUGCUAAUUAAUAUGUACUAUUUACUGCCAUAGUGCUAUCUAAAUACACCCUAUGCACCUCGCUCGCCACUCCCAAUCCAAAAGAAGAAACAACAAAUCCUGACUAGAUAUUUAUAGAUACAUACAUAUAUAAUUAUUAUUGCAUCAACAUCUCUUAACACAAGCACAGACAUCUGACGAGGCUUUCUGUAGCGUCCAAUAGCAGAGUCCUACUUACUGAGAGAGCGUCUUACUGAGAUGCAUCUCCCAAUGAGCUUCCUUAAGCAGGUUUCAUGUACUCCAUUACGUCUCGCAGCAAGUCUCCUAGAAGAAACAUGAAUCUAAUUAUAUAUGUCGCGGCCCCGUCCCCUAAAACUUAAUUCAUAAGUCUAACGCAAAAUUGUAUUGCAGUAAACUUGGUUCAAAUAAACGUAAAUUGUUUUUUUUUU